AUGACUAAAGGCAAAAACACAGCACAAACAUGCAGACAAAUUUGUGAAGUUUACGGCGCGGAUGCUGUAAGUGAACGCAGGACGCAGGAGUGGUUUGUUCGAUUUCGUUCUGGAAAUUUUGAUGUCAAAAAUCGACCUCGCUCUGGUCGACCAGUCACUGAAAAAGUCGAUGAAAUUUUGCAACUGGUCGAGCAAGAUCGGCAUGUGAGCUAUCAGGAGAUAGCCAAUGCACUAAGAAUCAACCAUAUGACAGUUUGGAAUCAUUUGAAAAAGGCUGGCUACGCAGCCUCGAGAAAGAAACUCGAUAUUUGGGUGCCACAUGAAUUAACGCAAAGAAAUUUGAUUGAUCGAAUUUCCAUCAGCAAAACACUACUAAAACGCAACGAAAUCGACCCAUUUCUGAAGCAAAUCAUCACAGGCGAUGAAAAAUGGGUGAAAUACAAGAAUAUUGUUCGUAAAAGAUCAUGGAAUAAGCGCGGCGAACCACCACAAACGACUUCAAAGCCUGGAUUGAUGGCAAAUAAGACAUUGCAAGAUCCACGUACAAAAGAUUAUUUUCUCAUUGGUUCACCAUGGCCUGUCUUAACUUUGAUUGGAUUUUAUUUCUAUUUUAUAUAUAAUCUUGGACCGAGACUCAUGGAAAAAAGGCAACCUUUCACAUUAUACAGGAUAUUGCAAAUAUACAAUGUGAUACAAAUUUUAUUAAAUGGAUAUUUAUUUUACAAAGCAUCAUAUUGGUUUACAGAAUUUAAUUACUUUUGCGAACCUAUCGAUUAUUCAGAUACACCAAAGGCAAGACAGAUCAUCUUAUUGGUUUGGGGUUAUUUCAUGAUAAAGCUACUAGAUUUAAUAGAUACUAUCUUUUUCGUACUUAGAAAAAGGCAGAACCAAGUAACAUUUCUUCAUUUAUAUCAUCAUAUUGGCAUCUUAAUGGCUGCUUGGACUGCCGUUAAAUAUUUGCCUGGUGGUCAUAUCACGUUCUUAGGAAUCAUUAAUACAUUUGUUCACAUAUUAAUGUAUACACACUAUCUGUUAGCGGCCAUGAAGAUAAACACAAGCUUAUGGAAAAAGCACGUCACUCAAUUGCAGCUGGUCCAAUUUUUCUUGAUCACUUUACACUAUUUACAAUUAACAUGGGUGGAAAAUUGCGGUUUUCCAUUAUGGCCGAUAUAUGUGAUGGUACCGCAGAAUUUGUUUAUGAUUAUAUUAUUUGGAGACUUUUAUUAUAAAGCAUAUAUCAAGAAAAAACCGGCCAUCGAAACAAAGAUGAAAAUAAACAACACCUCCACUGAACUUUCGAAUGGAAAACCAAAGGAACAAUAAAUUCGAAAGACGAUAAAAAAAUAGUGAAUCUGUUUUAACACGGAAUCCUGGCUUAACACUGCGUCAAGUACAACCAAAAUU